AAUUUUAACUUAAUGUAAUAUAAUUAGUAAUGGGUACUAAUAUAUCAUGCGGUGCCGCUUGUAUUAAAUAUCUAUUGUUCAUCUUCAACAUACUAUGGCUGAUAUUUGCAGUGGUGAUCAUAGUGUUGGGCUUCAAGUGUAUUGACUGGUCCGGAGAUAUUGAGCACAUAUACAACAACAGCAUUAAAACGGGCGCCGGUAUUGUCAUUGCCGUCGGUUUUCUCAUAUUAAUUAUGGCUUUCAUUGGCUGUUGCGGUGCUAUCACUCAAAACGUGUGCCUACUGUCCACCUACUCCGGCAUAAUCCUUAUACUAGUAAUCGUGGAAAUAGUAGGUGUGGUCUUGGUGUUUAUAUACAAGAACGAGAUUGAAAACGAGCUAAAAACUGCGCUGAGCCGUGAGUUUGGUAAGUGGAACGGACCGACCGCCCGGGCCGUACAAGUGUUACAACAACGGUUCCGGUGCUGCGGUGUUACGGACUAUCGGUCGGAUUUCAGUGGCGAGUCAGUGCCCGCCUCGUGUUGUGACCAGUGGGCCACCGGUGAGGCGGCAGAUAAGACGUGUCCCAAAAUGUUUGUCCAGUUUAGCAAAGGCUGUGCCGAUACUAUUAGAGAUACGAUUAAUAAUUAUUUGUGGGGCAUCGGCGGUGUGGCCAUUGCGCUGGUAGUCAUACAGUUAUUGUUGGUGGUGAGCGCCUGUUGCCUGGCAAGGGAAUUGUGA